GAGUCUGAAGUUGAGGAAUCCAAAAUGCCUACUGAAACCGCUGAGACUACAGACGAAACUGUUGCACCGUUUCCCGCCGGUACUGGUGUCGCUGCCAUUGCCGCAGCUGCCGAUAAGGAGGCUGAAGAUGAUGCAGAAAGACGUCAGUCUCAUGGAGCACAAAGAGCCAUGGCUUUGGCCGGAGGCAAAGCAGCCGAAGGCAUCAAGGACGAACAGAUUGAAGGGGCUGUUUUCAAGUUAGACU